AUGGGUUGCCAUUCGAGCAAAAUGCCUCACAACCCUCUCAUUCCCCUCCGUUCUCCCUUUAGCUUUGACUCUCUGAAACAAGCCAUCACCUUCCUCCUCGAGAAGAACAAGGAGGUCGUCUGCAUCAUCUUAGACUGCAAAAAGACAGUCAGGAAGAACCCUAAACUCUUCCUUCUCGUAAAAGACUACUUUGAUAAGGGUCUCCACAACCUCGACUUCUGCACCGCCCUCGAGAACUGCCUCAACAAUGCCCAAAACUUCCUUCACGAAGCCGACCCAACACUAAAAUACGAGAAGGCCAAAGACGAAUUGAAGCGUUUCAAGGAAAGCGUUGAUCUAUUCGCAAAAGAAUUCCUUGACGUCUUCAACUCAGUCAACCAACAGCAACUCUCAUUGCUGGAAAAGUUACUUCUUGAAAAGCAGAGGAUUGACAAGAAGCUUAAAUCGGCUCAGGCAUUGAGGAAACUUUUUUCCAUAAUUUUUGCUUCGGCCUCUGCCGUUCUUCUAAUCUCCUCAAUUGUGUCUGCUAUUGUUGGUGCGCCGCCUAUUGCGACAGCAAUCUUCGCAGCAUUUUCGGCCAUGGGCACGUGGCUUGACUCCAUGUGGAAUAACUACAGGGAAGCAAUUAAGCGGGAGAAGAUGAUAAUUAGCGCAUUAAAGGCUGGAACUUCGGCUGGGAUUAAUGAAAUGGAUGGGAUUAAGGCUAUGGUGAAUAUGGUGCAGGAUCAAAUUAGUUGUUUGCUCGAGAAUUCUCAUGAGCUCAAUUUUAGUGCUGAAAUUGAGGAAAAUUGGAAGAAGAUGAAGUUGUUCAUGAAGAACAUUGAGGAUUUGGUGCUGCAGGCCGAUCAGUGUCGCAGAGAUCUAAAGCGAGGGAGGACUGCUGUGUAUGAGAAGUUAGUGAACGCCCCAACUGAUGUGAUGAGUAAUAAUUUCAGGGUUUCUGAUUCCUGA